AUGACGCUCCUCUCAGAUAUCAUCUCCGCCUCGGCGCAUUUACACAACUCUAACCACCUAUCCAGCAACGAGUAUGACCGUCGGAUUCGCGAGCUAGUUGAAUACUUCAGGCGGCUACAAACGACCAAGGCACUCGACUCAUUUGUCAAUGAUGAGUCUUUUCUCGGUCGUUUUGACCCAGCGAUAGAUUCUAUCCCAUAUCUUUUCAUACUACAUGUGCAAAUACAGAAGGCACAGGAACUGAAUGCCGAUUCAUUCCCAGCAGAUAUCCGCCCCUCUGGGAAGCUAUGGACAUGCGCUGCACAUUUUUUGGCGAAUUUUGAUGGGGUCCAAGUCAGAUACGCUGGACGAGAAUGGCGCCUUCUUGUUGAGCUCGUGGGGCAAGCCUCACAAGCUGCAUCAACGCCACUGCUAGGCGCUACGCUGGUUAAAGACGCUAUGCUUCGUCUUGACCCAUCAUGUGCCGUUUUCACCUCGAGUCACCUCUUGCUUGUCCGGCUUUGUCUCCAGGCGAAAGCAUAUUCUUGUGCAUUGCCGGUCUUGAAUAAGCAGAUUUGUCAUUUCCCAAUUUCGCAGGGACGUCCCUCUUCAGAGCCCUCUGUGCUUUGCGCAGAUCACGGGUCAAGUGUAUCCUUUAUGACUGAAGCUUCCGGGGUUUCAUCCAACCUAUCAUAUCGAGACUACUUGCAGUACUUUCUGUAUGGUGGUAUGGUGUACAUGGCGUUGAAGGAGUGGCGUAAUGCACUUCAUUUCCUUGGGAUUGUCAUCUCUACGCCUAGUACUAGCUCCGUGAGCUUGAUUAUGGUGGAAGCCUACAAAAAAUGGGUUCUGGUAGGCUUACUCGAAAAGGGCAAGCUCUGUCCGCCUCCAAGCAUUACAGCACCGCAUGUGGUGAAAGUGUAUCAAUCACUUGCGAGGCCGUAUAUCAUUCUUGCUCAUGCAUUUGAACGUGGUGAUUUGAAGAGACUUACCGCUGAAAUUGAUGCUGCCAAGGGAGUCUGGUGCGCGGACAAUAAUCUCGGUCUCAUUGCCCAGGUAGUGGGUGCUUUCUUCGGUCAAACUGUGAUCAAGCUUGGGAAAACCUUUGCAGCUUUAACGAUGGCCGACCUUUCAAAGCAGGUGUUUCCCUCCCCUGUGUGUGCAGAAGUCACUGGAUCCGCUGUUUCAUCCCUCAUCAUGUCCCAUGCUUUGAAUGCGACAUUGGUGCAGACCAAAGAUCAUGCUGAGUCUUCUAUGCUACGGUUCUCGUCCAUCCAUUCGUUACCUCAACUCUCUCAUGAGUUGGACUUACAGUCCCAACUCAAGCAAGAGAUGAGGCUGAUGGAGACCCUGGUGAUUAAUCUUGGGGAAACCAAUAAUAACCUGGGAUUAAGCGAUGAGUACGUUGAUAGCCUACAUAAGGGUCAGGUUUGGUCAGGGUCUAGUGAAGUCAAUCCCAUUCUAGGGGGGAGACUGGACUUGAGAUGGAUGAAGAUCUAA